AUGGAUAAUUCAAAAUAAAAUGACAGGAGCAGCUAACUUCAAAUGAACUUUAUAUUUGAGUCGCUCUAUCAGAAUAAUCAGGAAAUACCUGAUGAGGUCUUGGAAAACAAGAAUGGGCGCCCAGUCAGCGUCUCAGUUUAAGCAGGCCAAAUUAAAAUGAUGGACACUAUACUGUUCGAAUAGGGCUUUCAACCGAAAAAAUGGAUUUUUACUGAUUUACUUGGAAGAAUACAGCAUUUUCUGGACAUUGGAGCAUUGAGUGACCUAAAGAAUAAAUUUCCUAAAGGAAUCGAUGCUUUACAGCUCUACAAGAUACCAACAAGAGAUUUUCUUCCCUAUUUCUAUUACCACACGCUUUAAUUCAAACAAAAUGGGUAAAUGACUCAUCACAUGAUAGUUAGAGUUUCGCAUUUUAUUAAGGAUUUGGGAUAAACUACUCAGAGAAACUCUGAAUUCUAUGAAGAGAAAAUUCCUGAUGAAGAAUAUGAAUUCUUUGCAUUUUAGAUUUCAAAUAGAAUAGGAGGAUAACAAAAAAAGAAUUUUGUUAAGAAACUUCAUGAUGAUGUAAAUCAAUCAAGAAUUUAAGUAACACAGUCUAAUCCUGAGUACACUGGAUUCAGUGAACAAUACUAAAACCCAAAUGAGAGCAUAUAUGCUCUAACGACAAAUGAAUAUGUAACAUAAACAGAAUUACUAAAAGGAUUACAAUAAAUUGGCGAGAAGUUUGGUAAAGAUCAUUCAGUUGAAAUAUAAAUUAAAAGGCCGAAGACUAUGCAAGUAUUGACAUAAGAAAAAUCUAGGAAAAUGAUAAGAUAUCAGCAGCAGCUACAAGACUAGCGAAAUUAGCUAAAGGAAAAAGGUAAAAGGAUUGUUGAACUUUUCCCUAAGUAUCUUGAAAAGACUGGUUCGAAGACUCACGCUUAGUUUUUAUUUGGAAAUGUGUCAUCUGAUAGGCUUUUCAAAGAUUAUCAAAGACUAAGAUUUUAGAAGUAGCAUCAGCAAGAAGUAGAAUUACUGAAGCAAGAAUCAUAGAGAAAUCAGAAUAUGUAAAAUCAUAUGAGUGGCAGUAGCUUUUAUAGAAAAACUGGAAACAAGAGUAUUUUCAAUGUUUAGAUGAGCGCUGAGACUCAGUAUCUAGACAACUCUGCUAUAUCCGAAAUGCCAUACCAAGAUGCUUUCAACUAUGAUAGGUAGUCUACUAAAUUGAAUAAUCAAACUAACAUAACAGAAAUAAAUGAGUAGCUUAUUCUCAAUCAAGAUAUUUCAAUGUUUCACUAAAUUAAUCAGAGUGGUUUAGGUCAAACAGCAGAUCAUUUAAGCCUGAAAGACUCAGUUUUAAGUUUAAGAGAUGAUAAUAAUCAAUCAACUCUUGAAGUUGGAGCUGAUGGCACUGAAUAAAGCGAAUUCACGAGGACUUAAAAUGAUUUCCUAAAUAAGAGUGGGAAACAAUAAAGGACGAUUGAGGAGCAUAGAAUUUAAUAGAGCUAAAAUGAAAUGGAUAAGGAUUUAAUAGCCUUGAUGCUCAUGAAUAAGGAUCUAGAUAAUUUAGUAGUAAUAGACAAGAAAAAAACUGUAGAUAAUAUUAGAUAAAAGAUAUAGUUUGAUGAAAGUAGAAUGCAGUAAAUAGCCAGCUUAAUCGCUAAUGAGUCAGAUGCAGUAUUCACUAAUAGAAGAAGAAGACUUGACUAAGAUGAGUUAGAUACCUAUCAUUAAUGGAAGUAAUUAAAGUAGGAUCAGUAAAAUUAGAUCUACCUAAAUAUGUCGAAUGAGAAUUAGUAUCCUACCGAUGUAAAAUAGGUAUUUCCCAUAACCAAAAGAAGUAAAACUUCGAGUGGAGUUAGGAAAAAUGGCAAAUUAGGAAAAAUAAAAAACACAGCCCUAAGCUUACUGCAGAUAAAAGGUUAAGAGGCAAAGUUUUAAAAUGUAUCGAGAGCUGAAGUCUUAAAGCAGCACAUUGUAUCAUCUAAAGAAUAGGCAUAACUUCUAUAGAAAUCAUAUGAAGAGAAAAAAGUAUACGAAAACAAUCAAAAAAGGAAGCAUCUAGGAUCGAAGAAAAAUUCUAUAAACUAGUCUUCUUAAAUAAAUUUUCCAAAAGAGGCAAAUAAAAUUGCAAUCAAGACUCAAUCUUUGAAUUUAGAUGAUCAUUAACACUACCAAGCAUCGUUUAUGAGAAUAAUUCAGGGAAUAUAGAGAGUAUGA